AUGAUCCCCAGGUAUCAGUCCCAGGAGUCGGCGGCGGCCGAGCAGGGGGACUCUCCUUGUCCCGAGCUUUUGCGGGACGCUCUGUGCUGGCGGGAGCUCGAGCAGUCUCUCGCCCACGGCUCUCCCGCCUCCUCCGGGCGCACCUGGCAGCCGGGACGCGGUUGGAGAACCCGGCCGGCUCGCUCCCAGCGCUGCGCGGAUGGCAAGGAGCGCGCUGCCUGGGAAGACGCAGCGCGCAACGCCGUCCCAAGUUCCCGCCGUCGGGAGACUCUCUCCCGGGAAAACAGCCCAGUCAGGGAACAACCUACCCGCACACGGACCCCAGAAUCCUCGGCCUCCGGAUGUUUGCCGCGCGCCCACAAAUGCGACCAAAGGACAGCGAGCGAGAGCGCGCGGGAAGAAGGAUUAAAAAGAAAAUCCGCCCAACCAGUCGGGUUCCUUGUUUAUACUGAAACUACGGCACCGGCCGCUGCGCACACCCCCUCGGCUCGGAGCGCCCGCCUCCCUCCGCCAGCUCCGCCCCGCGCCCACAGCGGCGGACCAAUCACGGGCGCAGCUCACCGCCCACCCCGCCGCCCUCGCAGGGCCCCGGGAGCCGGCCUCGGGAGUCCCGGGGCGCUGGGGCCCUCCCUGCGCAGUUGUCUCCAUUCCCUCCCAAGCUGCGGAGCCCCGCGCAGCGGUGUUUGCCAACGCUGGUUUGGCUGGCCCGGUCGGCGCGCAUUUCCUCCUGAGGGCACCUGCCCCGGGCUGUUUGUGCAGUCGCGUGUGUGUGAGUGUAGCAUUUACCUGUGUACUACCUGUAAAUGCCGGUCCGACUCGUUAUACAGUAUCUAUGAACUAAAGGUUAUUGUCCAUGUAACUUUCAGAAGGGAGCUGAAAGGAACCACAGAACAUUUGUUCGAAUAAAGGUAUAAACCUCAGUAUCUCGUAGAAAUUAAAGCAGGCUGGAAGGAAGAAAUGAUGGGAACAAAAAACGGGAGAAAGAGACCCACGGAAAGAGAAAAACUGAUACAUUCAGGAAACUCUUGCCAGCUGUGUGACCCUGAACGGUGAUGUGUGUUGGAGUACAUAACACACAAAAGAACUAUGAUUCUUGACUGAAACCUGCUUUAAGAUCAAUUUUCCUACUGGCUAACACCAUCAUCAUAUGAUUAAUGUUCCCAGGGCCUGGAAUAAAAUAGUGAUAAUUUUAGAAUCUACAGUUAUCAACACAUUUUUCUCCAAUUAAUUCUCUGUGAAGAGUUGUCAAGAACUAAAGGAAAAUGUACAAUGAAUAUAUGGAAAUGUCUACCUAUUACUGGAGUGGCCCCUUCAAGUUUGUUGAAAUACUCACAGGAAAGGUGUGUUUGGAGAUGUGUUUGGGUGAGGAGGUGGGGUGGAAGGACAUCACUGUUGCUUGUAGGGUAGAGUUUGGGAAGAAUUGAAAGAGAAGAGAAGAGGAAUUUUCUGGUCCAGACUGCUGCUCAAUGAUUUUAAAGAAAUUAUCUCUGAAGAAGAAGUACAUAAGGAAAUACAUCUAAGAAAGACCAAGACACUGUUCUCUACAGAGGUAUCAAUUUAACACUCUCACAGCAAGAAUUUAAUAGCAAAGGGUAAAAUAAAAGGUCUCAGACUGGAUAAAAUUCCCCAGCUCAAUAAAACAUUUCUUCA